ACUGCAGGUAUUUGCUGGUGGUAUUAUUAUUUGCACAAAUCGCCCUUUAAAACUAAAGCCAGAGAGAGAGAGAGAGAGAGAGGAUAACAAACUCGAUUAAGUAUCUUCUUCAUUUUUCUGUGAUCAGUACCAGAGGCUGCCCACAUUCCCCUUCUUAGGUUUUAAGUGGCAACUGAUAAUCACAUCAAUUUACAUUUCUCAGUUUUCCUCUCUAGGCAUCCCACGCAGACUCUGUCCCUUGCCUUUUGCCCAAAUUCGUUAGGAAGAGCCCAAAUCUGCCAGCUUGACCAGCUCUCUCCCAGUCUCUUAGUCUCUCUCACUCUCUCUGAGAACUAAAUUAAUGAAGAGUAUUUGGUUAGUCAUGUUAGGCAAGCCGUUCCCAAAAUAGAACCUUCCAUUUUGGUAGCUUCAACCCUGCAGCUGCCGUGUCUCUUCGUCGUCUGGGAAGAAAACUUUCACAUUAAGAGUUGCUGAUGCCGGAUUCUCUUUCUCUCCCCUCUGCACACUGAUGAGCCCUCGGCUCCUGACAGCAGCGGUCCGGCUCUCAGCUUUGUGGUUCCGAAGAAGUUGGGUCUAUAGAUUUUCCCCUAACUCUCUCCAUUGAUGCGUUGAGCUUCUGAGGGAAUCCUACCUUCCCGUAAAGCAUGUUGCCUUCUCAAGGAGUCCUCCUGCAUCCCUAUGGCGUGCCUAUGAUUGUUCCAGCAGCCCCCUACUUCCCCGGACUGAUCCAGCUGCUCGUCACUCCAUUGGUUACUCUCCGUACAACAUUUCUACUAGAAUAUUUCUGCUACCACUCCAAACCAUCUUGGAAAGACGGAAACGGAGGCUCAGCCAAGUUAAAUACCUGCCCCAGCUCUCAGUGCUGGGAUAUGGCAGAUCUGGGGUUGCCGAGCUCUGCCGGCCAGGACCCUGCCAUUAUGUGUGACUCUGGUGCUGUCUCCCCAUCCUCUGUGGGGGACCCGCCUCAUCUCUGCCCCAAGCAGAAGGCUAACGCAGUUUUGUGCUGCUGUCAUUUCUCAUCAGCUCUCCGCCCUCUGCCUGGCAGCCCUCUGUCAAGAGGUCUCAUUCCCCGUGGAAGGCUUGUUCCUCCGGGAGAAGAUCAAAACGGAAGAAAGUCUUGGAUUCAAAAGAGGGAAAAAGAGAAAAUCAAGCCAAGGCAAGUACAGGAGGUUGCGCAGGCCUACGGACCUCGGCAGGCAGUUUAUGGACAUUGUCUCCAGGGUAAUCAGGAAGCAGCAGCUGCCCCUGACACAAUGGCUCAGCCUUACGCUUCGGCCCAGUUUGCCCCCCCUCAGAACGGCAUCCCCGCGGAAUACACGGCCCCUCAUCCCCACCCCGCGCCAGAGUACACGGGCCAGACCACCGUUCCCGAGCACACGUUAAACCUGUACCCUCCCGCGCAGUCGCACUCGGAGCAGAGCGCAGCGGACACGAGCGCGCACACCGUCUCGGGCACCGCCACACAGACAGAUGAUGCGGCGCCCACGGAUGGUCAGCCCCAGACACAACCUUCCGAAAACACGGAAAACAAGUCCCAGCCCAAGAGGCUGCACGUCUCCAACAUCCCCUUCAGGUUCCGGGAUCCCGACCUCCGACAAAUGUUUGGCCAAUUUGGUAAAAUCUUAGAUGUUGAAAUUAUUUUUAAUGAGCGAGGCUCAAAGGGAUUUGGUUUCGUAACUUUCGAAAAUAGUGCCGAUGCGGACAGGGCGAGGGAGAAAUUACACGGCACCGUGGUAGAGGGCCGUAAAAUCGAGGUAAAUAAUGCCACAGCACGUGUAAUGACAAAUAAAAAGACUGUCAACCCUUAUACAAAUGGCUGGAAAUUGAAUCCAGUUGUGGGUGCAGUGUACAGUCCCGAAUUCUAUGCAGGCACCGUGCUGUUGUGCCAGGCAAACCAGGAGGGAUCUUCCAUGUACAGUGCCCCCAGUUCACUUGUAUAUACCUCCGCAACUGAGGAAAUGGAGGGCAAUGAGAAGUGGAACAGUUCACCCAGGAUCACACAGCCAGGAUAUAUGUGCCCGGCUUCCCGUAUCCAGCCGCCACCGCCGCGGCCGCCUACCGAGGGGCGCACCUGCGAGGCCGCGGCCGCACCGUGUACAACACCUUCCGGGCCGCGGCGCCCCCGCCUCCGAUCCCGGCCUACGGCGGGUCAGAGCGCCAUCGUUCCCCUCCUCCGCAGCGGCUCUCGCGGCUGCCAUCUCACAUCAGUGUACCUGGCUUUGUGCCUCCCCGUAAGCCCCCUGAGGGCAGCCUUAGCUGAUGGACUUGCCCUGAGCCUCAGCAUCGUGGUUGGAGUGUCGUAAGCAUUUCAACAGCAGAGUAUUGAAUAGGGCUCAUCAGUCAGUUUGUUUGAGUCUGUUCAAAUGAGACGCCAGAUCACGUUCCCUUUGGUUCUCUGUCUUGUAAACGUGGGAUGUCAGAGUCCCUGAGUAAUUUUCCGUGGUCCAUGGUGGAGGGCAGAGCAUGGCAGCCAGGUCACCCGGCUGAACAAGCCUAAGGCAAACAUCGGGGCCUGUUCCUGACUCAUUUCUGGGAGCUGUUGGUACCAAGAGGCUUGCCCUGGAGGCAGGCAGCUGGCCACAGUGCACAAGAGCUUGUCCUGAUGAAAGAAAGGGCCCUUUUCUCAGCCAGAGCUCUGCCUCAGCCACUCCUGGUCCUGUGUCCCCUGGAGCAGCCCCCAAUGCCUGCUCCAUUAUUCACAGAAGAGCAGACACAGAUGGGGUCCCCCUCUACAAAUAUUUCGAGAAAAGCAUCCCUUCCCAUAUUUGAAUGUGUAUUAAUGUUUGGUUAAAUAUUAAUAUAUUGUUCACAUGUACAUCACAUUCUGUCUAGCCUCUUGCACUGGUAUCCUAAGUCCGGGUCCAGGUUUUUGGGGUUUUGUUGUUUGUUUGUUUUGGCCUUACCGCGUGGCUUGAGGGAUCUUAGUUCCCCGACCAGGGAUCGAACCCAUGGCCCCUGCGAUGGAAGAGCGGAGUCCUAACCACUGGACCACCAGGGAAGUCCCAGGGUCCAGUUUUCGAAUCUUACCCCCACCUCCCCCAAUGACAACAGCCAUUGUUGCUGAAUAACCAGAUGAAGAUUCUACCUAGAAUUGCUCUGUAUCACCUUCUGUCACCUACUAAUGGCCACCCCCCCACUUUAAACUAUGGGCAAUAUUCACUCAAUAGAUGUUUACUUACAUCUUCAGUGUGAGAAGCAAUGUGUUGGCCAUCAAGUGGGAUAGAAUGUCAAGUAAGCUAUUGGGUGCAACUUUCAGGGUGAAAUGAGCUGUCUACGCAAAUGCCUUUAAUAUUUGACCAGUAUUUAAAAUUGUUGGACCAAGUGGGGAUUCAAGGAUUGGAAAACAUGAUGCUGGUGUUCACAGGAAGGAGGAAAAACUCCGCUUGGGGUGGGCACUGGAUAAAGCUCAUAGCGAUGUGAUAUUUAAUUAGAACUUUGUUGGUAACUACCUUGCUCAUCGCUUUGCACACAUCACCUAACUCAAUCCUCCCUUGACUCAGGCACUUACCUCCUUCCCCAUUUCACAGAUGAAGAAGUGAAGCUCAGAUAGCUUAGGUCAUUAGUCCCAGGGCCCAUAGCUGCUGACUGCUGAGGCUGUGACCCAGAUGCCCGUGUGUUUCCUCUCUAAAUUGGCUCUUGAAUGGUGCUCUGCUUUUGGAUGAGGUUAUCAGGAGAUAAGGCUUCCCUGGCACAAGGGCCAGUACUUGCAAGGGCGUGAUGUCAUGGAGGAAUGGACAGCGUGAUGUCUUGGAGGGAUGGACAGCGCCGUUCUGAUCUGGCUGAAUGAUCAGCUCUGGGCCCAGUCUUGUUGGCAGAGGCCAGUCCUGCCUUCUGACCCCCAACAGGCAGUAUCUUUUUAUGUUGGAAGUGUUGAAAGAGAAAUCAAAGCCUAGCUCAGGAUGCCACUUACCUCUGUAUCUCGGAUUAGGGUUUGACGCUGCUUGACAAGUGCUCUUGUGAACCGGAGCCCCUUUUCGAUCCAAAUAAAAACAGCUGAAAGCGAUUCCUACUGACCUCCUUAGCAUGUGAAAUCCCUGCCCCGUUUUUAAAGAUGAUGGUGCUCGGGGUUAGCCAAUCAACUCUGAAAAGCUCUGAGAAGCACACUGCAGUGUUCUCCAGCAAACCAGUGUCACUGCCGUGUGCGUGUGUGCAUGUGUGUGUUGUCACGUGUGUCCUCUUGGCUCUCGAUAUGCUUGGCUUACCUGCGGGUCCACUCUGCUCCUGAAACCUGCUGGAAUCCUUUGGUAAUCAAAGUCCUGCUUCUGUUAGGACUGCAGCUCCAUUCGACGGUGGGGCGCAUUGGAGAAUUUGCGGUGGGGUGCAUUUGACAGAAUCAUAAAUCAUCUGUAAACUCGAUUGGAAGAGAUCAGGGAAGAUUAUUAAUAACAACUGCUAUACUUUGGAAACAUGCCUUAGAAACCCACAGUUUGUAUUUGAGAUGUCCUGGGAUCUUCACAAAGGCCUGUUAGGUGCGCAGUCUACAUUGGAUCCUCAUUAAACCCGUUUUACUGCUCAGGAAUUUUAAGUCAGUUUCCUAGGAUCACAGAGCUGUGAGCUUCUUUUCCUGGAGGUUUCACUCGAGGUAAACCAAAAAACUUCUGGAAAAGUCCAGGAUCUUUUAUUUACCCCGUCCUGUGAAGUCCCUUCUCUCUGAGAUGACUAAAUGGACAGGAAUCAGAGAGCUGCUGUGAGGCCAGACUUGUUCAACCAUUAUGUGGGAGUC